GUGUCUCCCUGACACGAAUGAGCGUUUCCUCCGUGCUCACCCAACUCUCGCUAAGGUGCUCAGGGGUGUCAUCGACAACAUAUUGAAAAAUGAAAAUGACAUCCUCGGGGGCAAGGGCGGGGAGAACGGAGGUCUGCAUGGGAAAAUACAUUCCCUGGGCGGGAAUUUCUUCAACGUUUCGAGCUCGUGAAGUCGUCGGGUAGAGGCUGGGGAAUUUCCCCAGCCUUCCCCCCUCCCCCACCCCCGAGCCCAGUCGGAGGCCGAGCUGCGCGCGCCGCGGAGAUGCGCAGGCUUUGGGAUUCACCUCUUCAGCCGCUGGGAGGCCCUCUGCGUUCCCCUUUCCCCGGCGCCGGCCGCCUGGCUCGCCCGUGCAGUGGCACCCGCCUUCCACCAGGGAGCCUCGGGCCAGCUCUCCCCCCGCCCUCCGCCCCCCCACCCCCCUCUGCAGCUCGCUGGCUCUCUCUUUCUCCCUCUGUCUCACUCUCUUUCUCUCCCUCUCCUAUCGGAGCACAAUGAAAGCCUGUGUAUCGCCGUGACUCCGGGCAGCGGAGCCAGUGUCAGCCAAGCGGCGAACAACAGACGGGAAAGAGAAAGGAAAAGACCAGCUACUUUCUUUUCCAUCUCUAAAGCGGAGCAAUCCAAGAGGUAGAACCACAUUGCUUAUUGAGAGUCCAGACCCUCAGAUCCACUGGCCGGGGAUGGAAUGUACAAAAGUGGACAGAAAAGUGGCUGGACAUGACUCGGUGCAAUUUGCUGGAAGUUUGUAAGUUUGACCAUCGUUUGUAAAUUACUCUCGGAAGAGUUUGUCUCUCUUGAUACUGUAUUAGAAUCGAGCCGGGGGUGAGGAAUAGAAACGUAAGCGGGAAAGGAAAAAAAAAUGUGUUGAAGGAUUCUCUUCUCAGUGGCUAGUGACUUCAGACUGCUUUCAUUUAAGGCUGGGAAACCUUAGAGGGAAUGAGGAUUUUUACCGGUGAUUGGAUUAGCUGAAGAAAAAAGCAUGGUCCAAAAGUCCAAUUACUGACAUUAACAAUUGAAAAGCCGUCUCCCUCUUUGGGGAGAAGACAACAUCCUACAGUACCCCCCCCCCCAAGAGGAGAAAACACCGGAGCGAAGGGAAAGGGAGGAAAAAUUAAAAGCCAAAAGACAGUCUCUCUUGAUUUUUGUACGUUUUGAGCAUUGACUUCAAAAAGCGUCUGAAACAGCACUUUAAAAAAAAAAAAAAAAACCUGAGGAAAAGUAAAUGCUGUGGGUUACAUAGAUCAUGGUAGAAAUGUGUUUCUCUGCAGAAACAACCCCAUAAAGAAUCUUCGGAAACAACUAGGUGAGGGGGGGGCCAGCUCUCUAUUAACACCUCUCUCAUUUCCCUUUGCUGUCUGUUUCUGUCUCUCGCUUGACCAUCCCUGAAUUCUUGCUCUACCCUCGCCCCCCCCAUCUUGUGUUUACAAAGUACCUAGUGGCUCUUGUCAGCUUGGUGGGGGGAAAGCCCCCACUAACUCUGGCCAACUUCUCCAGAGCUGUCAAGUGCAAUUAGAGUAAGUUGAUCAGGGUUUGUUUCCCACUUAGCCUCUGCCAUUGGUUUCCAUUCUUUCUCCUCACCCUCUUUUUACUAACUCCCCUCCCCCAUACCUUCUCCCCGUCCCCCCUCCAAACCUCUGAAGACCUCUAUUCAUGUGGCCCUGAACACUGAGCGCGCACAUUGUCAAAAGCAGAUUUGCCUGCAAUAACCAGCCAUUGCCUCCUUCCCCCUCACCAUCCCAGAGGCAGCAAUCAUUGUGUCCAGUAAGAUGGGGGACACAGCGCCCCCGCAGGCCCCCACAGGAGGGUUAGGGGGGGCCCCUGGGGCGGGGCUCCUUGGAGGGGGCUCGGUCACCCCUAGGGUGCACAGUGCCAUAGUGGAGCGCCUUCGGGCUCGGAUCGCCGUCUGCCGCCAGCACCACCUGAGCUGUGAAGGACGCUACGAGCGGGGUAGAGCUGAGAGCUCAGACCGGGAAAGAGAGAGCACCUUGCAGCUCCUGAGCCUUGUCCAGCACGGCCAGGGGGCGAGGAAGGCUGGCAAACACACCAAGGCCACUACCACUGCCGCCACCACUACAGCCCCUCCACCGCCACCUGCUGCCCCUCCUACAGCCUCCCAAGCGGCAGCGACAGCGGCCCCACCGCCGCCGCCAGACUAUCACCAUCACCACCAGCAGCACCUGCUGAACAGUAGCAAUAAUGGUGGCGGUGGUGGGAUCGACGGGGAGCAGCAGCCAUCAGCUUCCACCCCUGGGGACCAGAGGAACUCGGCCUUGAUUGCGCUCCAGGGUUCUUUGAAAAGAAAACAGAUCGUUAACCUGCCUCCUGCCAACAACAAGAGGCCCAAUGGCUUUGUCGACAACUCAUUCCUUGAUAUCAAGAGAAUCCGUGUCGGGGAAAACCUGGCUGCGGGACAAGGGGCCCUCCAAGUGAAUAAUGGACAAAGUCAGAUUAUGUCGGGGACCUUGCCCAUGAGCCAAGCGCCCCUGAGAAAGACUGCCACUCUGCCACCACACACACAUUCUCCUGGAAACGGAAUGUUCAACAUGGGCUUGAAGGAAGUGAAGAAGGAACCGGGAGAGACCCUCUCUUGUAGCAAGCACGCCGAUGGCCAGGUGAGCCAGGAGAAUAUAUUUCCUAACAGGUACGGAGAUGAUCCUGGGGAGCAGCUGAUGGAUCCGGAGCUGCAGGAACUGUUCAAUGAACUGACCAACAUAUCUGUGCCGCCCAUGAGUGACCUUGAGCUGGAGAACAUGAUCAAUGCCACCAUAAAGCAGGAUGACCCGUUUAACAUUGACCUGAAUCAGCAAAGUCAGAGGAGCACCCCCAGGCCGUCCUUGCCAAUGGAGAAGACCGUGAUCAAAAGUGAAUACUCCCCAGGCCUGACCCAGGGCCCCUCGGGCUCUCCCCAGUUGAGGCCCUCAUCAACUGGCCCGGCGUUCUCCAUGGCCAACUCGGGGGCCCUCUCCGCUUCAUCCCCGAUCCCUUCGGUCCCACAGAGCCAGGCUCAGCCUCAGACAGCCUCAGGAGCAAGCCGGGCCCUGCCCAGCUGGCAGGAAGUAUCCCACGCCCAACAGCUCAAACAGAUUGCUGCCAAUCGUCAGCAGCAUGUCCGGAUGCAGCAGCACCAGCAGACCAGCUGGCCAGUCUUGCCCUCUUCAGCGGGGCCAUCCCCAGGUCCAUUUGGGCAGGAGAAAAUCCCCAGCCCUUCUUUUGGCCAGCAGCCGUUUAGCCCACAGAGCUCUCCUAUGCCAGGGGUUGCAGGUGGCAGCGGUGGCCAGUCCAAAGUCAUGGCCAACUACCUGUACAAGGCCAGCCCCUCGGCCCAGGGAGGGCACUUGGACGUGCUUCUGCAGCAGAAGCCUCAGGAUCUCAGUCGGAAUUUUAUGAAUACCCCGCACACAGCUGUGGAACCCCGGCUUGGCAACACCAAGCCUUUGUUUCAUUUUAACUCAGAUCAGGCCAACCAGCAGAUGCCUUCUGUUUUGCCCUCCCAGAGCAAACCUUCACUCCUGCACUACCCCCAGCAGCCGCCACAGCCACAGAGCUCAAUUACAGCUCAGCAGCAGCAGCAGCAACAGCAGCAACAGCAGCAGCAGCAGCAGCAACAGCCACAGCCUCAGCAACAGCCGCAGCCGCAGCAACAGCCACAGCCACCAGCCCAGCCCUCACAACCACUGUCAAGCCAGCCUUUGCUAAGGUCGCCCUUACCACUUCAGCAAAAGAUCCUCCUGCAGAAGAUGCAGAAUCAGCCCAUCACAGGACUGGGGUACCAGGUCUCCCAACAACACAGACAGGAUCAACACUCUGUGGUAGGCCAGAACACAGGCCCCAGUCCAAGUCCCAACCCCUGCUCAAAUCCAAACACUGGAAGUGGUUACAUGAACUCCCAGCAAUCACUGUUGAAUCAGCAAUUGAUGGGAAAGAAACAGACUCUCCAGAGGCAGAUCAUGGAGCAGAAACAGCAGCUUCUCCUCCAGCAGCAGAUGCUGGUUGAUGCGGAGAAAAUUGCUCCACAAGAUCAGAUAAACAGACAUUUGACAAGGCCACCCCCGGAUUAUAAAGACCAAAGAAGAAGUGUGGGAAAUAUGCAGCCAGCAGCUCAGUAUUCUGGUGGCUCAUCAACAGUGAGUUUAAACUCUAACCAGCCAUUGGCAAACCCAGUUUCAACCCAACCCAUUUUAACUCCAAAUUCCAGCCUCAUGUCAACUUCUCACGGGACAAGAAUGCCAUCCUUAUCCACAGCAGUUCAGAACAUAGGAAUGUACGGGAAUCUGCCUUGCAGUCAACCUGGCACAUACAGCGUCACUUCAGGAAUGAAUCAACUCACCCAACAGAGAAACCCAAACCAAUUGAUAGCAAGUCAGAACAACCCUCUGAUGCCACGGCCACCUACUUUAGGGCCCAGUAAUAGUAAUAAUAAUGUGGCCACUUUUGGAGCUGGGUCUGUUGGCAAUUCGCAGCAAUUAAGACCAAAUUUAACCCAUAGCAUGGCAAGCCUGCCAGCCCAGAGAACAUCGAAUGUAAUGAUCACAUCCAACACAACAGCGCCAAACUGGGCCUCUCAAGAAGCAACAACCAAACAGCAGGAAGCACUGAAGUCCACAGGAGUUCGCUUCCCCACCGGCACCCCUACAGCCUAUACUCCAAACCAGCCCCUGCAGCAGGCGGUAGGUGGCCAGCAGUUCUCCCAGAGAGCGGUGGCUCCUCCUAAUCAGUUAACACCAGCAGUGCAAAUGCGGCCCAUGAACCAAAUGAGCCAGACAUUAAAUGGACAAACCAUGGGUCCGCUCAGAAGUCUGAAUCUCAGACCCAAUCAGCUAAGCUCACAGAUUUUGCCGAAUUUGAACCAGUCAGGAACAGGGUCGAGGACAGGCAUAAACCAGCCACCAUCCCUGACACCCGGCAGUUUUCCUUCACCCAGCCAAAGUUCCAGGGCUUUUCAAGGAACUGACCAUGGCAGUGACUUAGCUUUUGACUUUCUCAACCAACAGACUGAUAACAUGGGCCCUGCCCUAAACAGUGAUGCUGAUUUCAUCGAUUCUUUAUUGAAGACAGAGCCUGGUAAUGAUGACUGGAUGAAAGACAUCAAUCUCGAUGAAAUCUUGGGGAACAACUCCUAGAGGAGAAAAAGGAGACAAUUCACAAACUCCAAGCACUAAAAGGCAGUAUUUUACAAGGACUCUGUCAAGGCCAAACUGUUGACUUUUAGCUGAACGACAUGAAGAUACCUGGGUUUAGCAAUGGAAAGCAAAAAAGUAACUGCCGUAGGAAACGUUUUGGUCCAAAUGCUUGUUUUAAAUCUCAAACCCGAAAGCAAAACAGUGGGAUCACUUUUCCCUGUCUAAACUCCGGAACACAGUAUCCAGUUUCUCCAAACAGAACUGUGAUGUUGAUGUGUAAUUAGUUGUAUAAAAUAGGCUUCCUAAGCUCCUUUUCUUCCUGAAAGAAAAGUAGUAGAAUUUGUAGCUUGUUUAAACCCCAUGUCAUGAGGAGAUACUAGGUCCAAGCUCCAAGCAACAAAUUCCUUAAUUUGCUGUCAUAGAUAUAUAAGUAUGUUUUAAUCUCUCCAUUCUGCCUUUUCAUUUAGGUUUCCUAAGACGUCCAGGGUAGACUGAAACGCUAUAGGUUUGUUUGCAGUAACCAAACAGGGUCUCUGAUAGAACCUAGGGAGUAUCCAGGGGACAAUGGAAUUUCUUCCCCAGAUUCACCCUCUCACUUUUUCACUUUUCUCACAUGUGCUGUGCUAUGUCUAGUGAUGAAACAAGAACACAGAGCUGGCCAACUUCAUUUGGGCUUCCACAACCAAUUUUUGAAUCCAGUUUCCACAUCUUGGAUUCAGUCACAACUGGUCCUAAUCACACCGAAAUAUUAGUGCACACCUGUCUGCAUCAGCUUUCACUUUUUAAAAAAGAAAACACCCCACUGGGCCUUGCUCUAAAGGAGAUGGAUUCGACCACAGAUAAGCUGGGGUGUUGCUUAUCGUGAUGACCCUGCUGAUUAGUUCUCAAGCUGGGUGAACUUGAGCCUGGCCCUGCCUGCUUAUUUUGAUGACCAGAGACUGAUUUGUAAGAAAAGGAAGUUUAGAGACCAAAACUGAGAUUAGAAGGUAUCAUGUUUUGGUUGAAGAUAAGAAGCAAAAAGUCAGGACCGGGAUGGCAGGUACCGGUGGGUACAAAUCUAUUUUAUCGCAUUUGAAGGAAAGCCUGAUUGAGAGAAAAAACAAUUUGGCCUUAUUUGGAUGCAUGAUCUGGGUGAACAGCUAAACAGAGCAUGCCCUGUUAGUAGCAGCCUACUCAUUCUUCCGUCCCUGAUGUGAUGAAUCAUUGCCACAUGCUAGAUGGGCCCUUUCUGUCCAGGUUUUCUCCCUCAGGGCUGAGCACUGUAUCAAAAUAAGAGUUCCUGUUGAGUCACGGAAUAGAUCAGCUGUAAAAUGGGGGAGAUGUGGGCUGAUUCGGGAUGUAUACAAAAUAUCACUAUCAUUUUCCUCAUUCCAGAGGAACACAGGCUGUCUUCAUCCUUUUUAGUUAUACACUCACAUAUUCAAUUAUCAAAUGAUAUUUAACUGAAGUCAUUUAAUAACUCUUUAAAUACCUGUUCUAGAAAGAACACAUUUUGAAAGUUCUACAAAAUCCUCUUCCAGAUGACUAGAAGCACUCUCUUUCUUUUACACAAUACCAACAUCACUGGCCUGAAAAUCUUUUCUGUGCUGGGUUGUAAAUAUAAAUAAAUUACUUGUUUUGUAAACUUUUGUAAAGAAUAUUUUGGUAGAAAUACUUAAAGCAUAUUCUUUGGGUUAUAUUUAUACAUAUGUGAAAUAAAUAUACUAUCAAAAGGUUAUAUUUUAUACAAAAAGUAAAUUGUUACCUUUUGUAUGCUAAUAUACAAAAUUUUGUAUAAUACGAUGGUUUAUUUUUAGCUCUACACUUCAACCCUAGGUGGUCAAGUGGGAACUUUUGAAAACUAUCAAGAGGCUUGUUAGACAAAUUUAUAUUCUGAAACCUCAAUAAGAAAGCAUUCCAGGUUUCACUUCUUUCCUUUUUUUUUUUUUUUUUUUUUUUUUUGCUGCCCCCAAAUUCUUUUUUAAACCCAUAGUUCUUGUGUCUUGUUGGAUUAUUCUGCUGUGCACAUUGUAUUGGUCCUUGUUGCAUGUGGUCUACUGUGUGUUUUCCCAUUUUAUAAAACAGUGUUUCUCCAUGCAAAAAAAUAAGGAAAAAAAUGAUGUACAUAUAAACACUUUCAUUUUAUGGCUCCUCCAUGUUAUUGUAUAUAUCUGCCAGCACGUCCCAGUUACACUCCUGCGAUUCAGCUUAUUUUUACCCUAACAUAAAUAGUAUGUUUUGUAGUAGCUAUCAAAUUUAAGAGAAAAAGCAAUCAGAAUGUUUGGAUUUUCUUCUAUCUUAAUGUGAAUUUCAUAAUUAAUGUCUAUUUAUUCAGCUAUUCAUUAAAAUACAGGAUUCUUUGGAAAAAACUGGUGUAGUCUAUAGUUUCUGUUUUGUUGGCAGCCUAUAACCAAAGAUGAUGUAAUUCUCCUGAAAGCUGAGAUAGUGAUGAUUUGAUAGACAUACACAACCAAAACUUCAGGAUUUACAACUUAAAAGCUAUCAGAAUAUAAUCUCCCUUUCGUAGACAUACCAGACUACUUAAUUGUCGGCCUUGUUUCUCAUUCUGACAUAUUAUACACAAAGUAGAAGUAAUUUUUCUUUUUUUAAUACAAAGACUAGAAAGCAAUUUAAGCAAACAAUUCAUUCCUGGCUUUGCAUUAAGCCCGACGAAGAUAGAUAACUGCUCUAAGUGAAUGCACUAAUAUUACUUGCAUUACUGUAAUUGUAUCCGUAACUGUAAAGAUUUCAACUUGUAAAACAAGUAUUUUGUAUUGUGUGUAAUUUCAUGUGUUAAAAAAAAAUAGUUUAAAAAAAUUCAGAAGUGGUUCUCUUCUAUGAAAUCCUGCUUUGAGUCACCAGUAAUAUUGUUGCUAUAUCACAGAAAGUUCUGAGAACUAUGAAUAGUCAUGGGCAAAUUUCUCUCUGGGAAGCUUCUAAUACUAGUGAAAUGCUGACUUGGCUCAUUUCAGUGUUCCUCACUUUGCUUCGAAAGUCUGUAUUUAGAUCUCAUAGGCACAGCAACUACUAAAUACUGGAGAAACACCGCUUAAUUUUCAGGCACGGUGGACCUUUGCUUGGUCUGCUUUGUGGCAUUUGUUUCGCCCAGGCUGAGGGAAUGCGGGGCCAGGUAAACACAGCCUCACUGAGCAUAUUUACAUAGUCUUUCUGGGGAGUCAAAGAGGCUGAAAGAAAGACGGGCCUGUGUAGGAGGCAAGGGGAACAAGGCUACCAAAUUCUCUUGCUCCACUGUUGAAACAUGUUGUUGGGGUUCAAUGGUACCUUCCCCUUCUGCCAAAAAAGAUGUGUGACAUUCUCCCUUUUAUUAGCAUUAUUAAUGGAGCAAUAAUAAAAUUGAUAUUUUAUACAGUGGUUGUCCAGUGACUCUAGACGUUUCUAAAACAAAUCAAUAAAAACAACAUCAAUAAAAAUAAAUAAAAUUAAGAGAAAGAAAUGUAUAAUUCUGAAAUACCUUUGAAUCUUCAUUGUGUAGCCAUGGAACUAGGAACGAGAGCGUAAACGUGAGUCCGGAAGGGAGAGAACAGUUCAGCUUCUUCCUGCUCCGUGGUUGCCAAAGGCAGUACAAAUGCUUAAACGCUGUCUCCACAAUUUCCACUUCAUAUCUCUGAGACUGUGUUUCCUCACUCAAAAAUGAAGACUCGGGGAUGAGAUAGCUUCGCAUUUCUUCCCAACUCUAAAAGUCUGUGAUUGAUUUUUUUUUUUUCCAAAGCUAAGUGGAAAGUUAACCAAAAAGAUUCAAAGCAUCAGUUUCAAAAUAAAGAAGUCACCGUUCACCCAAACUUUUGAAUGUUUUCAGGUUGCCAGUCAAUUUCAUUUAGCAAAGCAUCCCUCUCCUUUAAAAUUAAAUCACAUGAAAAUGAGAGUUCAUCCAAAGCCAGAACUAGUCCAUUGACAAGCAGAAAGGCAAUGCAGGGACAGGGGCCACUGACUCAAUACAAGGAAGUCCUGAAUAUCAAAAGCUGGGAUGUGAUAUUAAGUGGUCAUUUUCCUGUGUUUCCUGCCCAGACAGCUCCUGUGAAAGAUGAUUGCUCCCUGUGUAUCUCUGCCUGAGGGAGUACUUGCAUACUCAACCCAUGUGUGGGACAAGCCAUGAGAGCUGGGGAGUUAAUGCCCCAGGAUGACCUUCAACCAAUUUAGGACAGGAGUUAGUGGAUAAAUAUUCUAACCUCCACCGCCCUUAGUGAACUAAUCUAACGUGUGUUUCAUCCUAUCUUUCCAAGUUGCCGGCAGGAAUAACACCGUUAAGUGCUAACCUGCUCAUGAACACACAGUUUACUGGCUUUUCUUCUUUCUGGGUCUUACUACCUCCCUUCUUUACAGGCAUCUUGGGCUCACUUUCCCGAAAGGCUGCUUAUAUCCAAAUCUUUGUCUCAGGAUCUACUUUUGGGAGAAUUAAACUAAAAACCCAAAUAACCAUCAGCAGUAGAAUGGGUAAGUUGAGGUGUUGUCAUCAAAUGGAAUGCUAUGCUGCAGAAGGGGAUUAGCCGAAUGCAAUACUGUAAUGUUGAGGGGAAGAAGCAAAUCACAAAAAUACAGCUCUAUUUCACUUACUUAAGAUUUUAUUUUACUUUACUAACUUUUCAGGGCUGCACCUGAGGCAUAUGGUGGUUUGCAGGCUAGGGGUCGAAUUGGAGCUGUAGCCGCUGGCCUACACCACAACCACAGCAACGCAGGAUCCGAGCCACGUCUGCGAUCUACGCCACAGCUCAUGGCAUGGAUCCUUAACCCACUGGGUGAGGCCAGGAAUUGAACCUGCAUCCCCAUGGACGCUAGUCAGAUUCAUUUCUGCUGAGCCACAAUGGGAACUCCUAUUUAGCAUUUUAAAAGGCAAAACUAAAAAUAUAAUUUAAAGAUGUAUACAGGACAGCAAGAUUGGAAAGAAAAGCAAGAGCGGUUAUUAUAUAAGUCAGUCUAUAAGUUUCCUCUGGGGUGUGUGACAGAAAGGGCUUCUAAGGUAUUGUCGAUAUUCUAUUUCUUACCUGGUUGUGUGUACACUAGUUUUUGUGAUGUUAUUAUUCCUUAAAUGAUACAUAUGUAUUUUAUUUAUAGUUUGUGUGUUUGAUAUAUUUCAUAAUAAAUAAUUUUCACAUGCUGUCAAGUUAGAUAUGUGAAAGACAGAGGGAGGAGGGCAAUCAAUUGAUCAUUAAGUACAAGAGUUUUGCCCUCAGAUUGCUUUGCAAGUGUUUUGUUUUCAUUCCAUUUUAAUGAAAUCAGAACUUGAAAUCAUAGAAGAUGCAUUAUGUGAUUCAUGAAAGAAAGCCUUCAGAGACCUCCCAUUAGCAAAACCAUACCAGAAAGAAAGGCCUUGGUUCUAACAUCAAAAGAUUCAUGUAUGAAGGCACUUUAUAAGCUAUAUAUUUAAAUGUUUAAAAUUCACAUGUUAAGUUAAAAUAUUUAAUUUAUGUAUAUUUGUAUGUAUGUGGUAUAUGCAUACACAUUUAUAAUUCUCUCUUUAGUCCAAUUUUCUUUUUUUUAAAUUAACAGACCAAUUCCCAGUUCUGUUUACACCAUAGAAGACAUCUAUCUAGUCUAUUAAACAUUAAGGAAAUGAAGUAAAAAUUUUAAUUUGUGUAGGGCUUUGCCUAAGAACUAAUGCGAGGUGAGGAAGACUGGCACAGAAGUUAUGUGUGUUUGAAAAAUAAGCUUGAUCCUUAACAUUUAUUCACAAGAAAAUGUAAAGCUUAAAUAUUAAGGAAGAUUAUCUCCAAUAUGUAUGAGUAUAACAUAACUAACCUUCAAAGUAGUUUUUACUCAUUCAUAUACUAACUUGAAAGCAGCAUGUCACUUUUCAAAGCCCUGAAGACAAAGUUAUAUAUAAAGAGAGCUAUAUAAACCUCAUUUAUAUAUGUGCCUCCAUUUGUAUAAUUCUGUCUUUCAACACUUACUGCAAAAAUAGAAGAUUAUCCUACAUCUGGUGAAAGUUAGCAGGGAAUUUUUGUUAAUCUUUGGAGUGAUCAGAAGUUUUGAAGGAUGUCUUAAUCCUGCUCUGAGUGUGUCACAGUGGAUGUCUUUGUUCAUUUCACAAAACCAAAUAAGAGUGGUGGCGUGCGGAUUAGAUUCUGACAAUUCAAUCCAGAUGACUACUUUAUUAUGAAAAAAUAUUCCACAUCCCUUAUCUAGUCCAGAGAGUAUAUUCAUAGAGAAGGCACUAGAGCUACACUAUAACACAGUUGCAAGUAUUAAAAUUAAAGGUUAUAAGAAAGAGUCACAGCUGUUAAAGGGCAAUCAUCGAGUAAAUUCAUUUUAGUGUUACAUAUCUAUGAGGAUGUGGGUUAUUUAAGAUUUCUUCCAAAACUCAUUUCAAAGGCUCUCGAUUUAGCAUUUCAAAGGUAUGGAUAAUAUUUGGGAAAAAAGUUGCGCUUCUUUUAGGUGCAAUAAUAAUAGAAUUUGAAAGCUAAAUAUGCGAAGGAUUAUAAAAUAAUGUGUAUUAGGGAGUUUGAAUGUCCAUUGUGUGCACAGAUGUCUUAGACUGUGAAAUAUUGACAUUUCAUAGUAGCUUUUCUUUCCUGAAGAUGUCAUUUGCACUUGCUCAUUGACUUGAGCUCUUUAUGACAUAGGGAAAAGCUGAGACUCAAAAAAAUGGGUAAAAAUUUGGAUCUUCGAUUUUAACGGACACUGGAAGUGAGUUAAUAAACAAAUUAAACAUCACGUGUGUUUAUUUGCUUUUGCUUAAAACAUUCAAAACACUUCAAAGAAUAUUUUAUCUCAGAGAAAUAUGUUCAAACUAUUUUAAGCUUUAAGUUAAAACAGGUAGUGCUCCAUUCAGAAGGCCCAGAUUUUUUUUAAAAAAAGUUGCUUUAGUCAAAUUCUGUUUGAGAUGGGAUUACUCAAUUGAGGUUUUUAGAAUGGUCGUGGCUGCUGCAACUUUUGCUGAAUUCCAUAAAUAAGAAAUCAAACACUCAUUAACC